AGAAGAUCAGCGCCCUGGAGAAUGAGCUGGCCACUUUAAGAGCACAGAUAGCCAAAAUCGUGAGCCUGCAAGAACAGCAGAACCUGACAGCAGUUGGGCCAAGUCCAGCUUCUUCAGCUGCUGUCCCUGUUGCACCUCCACCACCACCACCUCCUCCUCCUCCACCACCACCACCACUGCCUCCUGUGGGUCUCCAGCAAAGUACGUCUGCCAUCGAGCUCAUUAAAGAAAGGAAAAACAAAAAAAUGAACUCUGGACAGAACCUGGCAGACAACGGGCCAAAGAAACCUGAAAUGCCAAAUAUGCUAGAAAUUCUCAAAGACAUGAGCAGUGUUAAACUGCGCUCAGUGAAAAGGUCAGCAGAAGGCACCAGACCGAAGGCGGCCGACCCCGCGGACCCCGCGGCGCUGAUCGCGCAGGCGCUGCGGAAGAAGUUUGCCUAUCGCUACCGGGGCGAGGGGCCGGGCGAGGCGGAGCAGGGGGCUGCAGGGGGCGAGGGCCUGCUGUUUGGACCACAUAUGCUGAAAUCUACAGGAAAAAUGAAGACUUUAAUUGAAAACACUUAA